AUGUAUCGCGGCUGGGUAACAUUGUUUUGGAUUUUUUUCAUAUUGUACAUCAUGGGCAAUAAUAAAGCCCAUGAACAUCACGAGGAUAAACACGAUGUGGAUGAGUUUGAAGCGGAAUUUGGUGAUGAGAAACCAGGAAAUGAAUUCAGCGAAGGCACUGAAGAGGACCACAUCGAACUCCGCGAGCAAUCGGGUUUUGUAAAGCCGAAAGCGGUUCAUAAUGCCAAGGACCUUCCGCCACUCAACUUUCUCUAUUGCGUUUCAUGCGGCUACAAGCAAGCGUUUGAGCAAUUCUCUCAAGUGGUCCGCGACAAAUAUCCAAACAUUCAAAUCGAAGGAUCAAACUAUCCGCCAGUUCUUUGGAAGGCCUAUGUCGCUCAGGCGAUUAGCAUUUUGAAAUUGGUGGUACUUGGUAUUAUAAUUAGUGGCAGCAACCCAUUCGAGGCUCUUGGAUAUGGUUAUCCAUCUAUUCUUCAACACGCCCAUGGAAACAAGCUUUCUACAUGCAUGAUGGUGUUCAUGUUGAGCAACUUGGCCGAGCAAUCGCUUAUUUCGACUGGAGCUUUUGAGAUUUACUUGGGAACUGAGCAGAUUUGGAGCAAGAUCGAUUCGGGAAGAGUCCCAUCUCCACAAGAGCUCAUUCAGCUAAUUGAUGCUCAAUUGGCGAUUCUUGGAAAAGGCCCAGCGAUAUCUGAAAGUUUUGGUGAUUUCUCGAACAAACUUUGA